AUGUCUACUUGGAGGUCCUUCUUCAGCUACAACAAGUACACUCAGAUCGCCUCGAGGGCCGUCCGAACCGGUCUCAAGGAGUCCGAGAGGGUCGGAGCCGAGAAGAGGGCCAACAUCGGAGUCAAGUACCAGCAGUGGGAGAACGGCAAGGGUGGUGAACAGAAAUUCAUCGUUCCCCCUACCGAACCUAUCACCCCCGGCAAACCCCCUGUCUAA